GUGGUGGUGUAUAUAACUUUGUUGGAGAGUCCUGCCUUUCACUGCCUGGACCCUUUUAACAGUGUGUCAAAGAAGGACUCCAUGAAAGAUGACAGAAGAAGUUAUUGUUAUUGCAAAGUGGGAUUACACUGCACAGCAGGACCAAGAACUUGACAUCAAGAAAAAUGAGCGUCUUUGGCUAUUAGAUGAUUCUAAAACAUGGUGGAGGGUAAGAAACGCGGCCAACAAAACGGGAUAUGUGCCAUCAAAUUAUGUGGAGCGAAAAAACAGCUUGAAGAAAGGUUCUCUGGUUAAAAAUCUAAAAGACACAUUGGGCUUGGGGAAAACGAAGAGAAAGACGAGCGCAAGAGACGCCUCCCCCACUCCCAGCACAGACGCAGAAUACCCUUCCAACGGCAGCAGCGCCGACCGGAUUUAUGAUCUCAACAUUCCCGCCUACGUGAAAUUUGCCUACGUUGCCGAGAGGGAGGAUGAACUGUCCCUCGUUAAAGGGUCCCGAGUGAUUGUCAUGGAGAAGUGCAGCGAUGGCUGGUGGAGAGGUAGCUACAAUGGGCAGAUCGGCUGGUUCCCUUCGAACUAUGUGGUAGAGGAGGUUGAGGAGGCAACUGCAGAUUCACCCAGCUUCCUCAGCCUAAGGAAAGGCGCUUCCAUGAGUAACGGCCAGGGCACCAAAGUACUCCACAUCGUUCAGACACUGUACCCAUUCAGCUCGGUCACAGAAGAAGAGCUCAAUUUUGAAAAAGGGGAAACGAUGGAAGUCAUUGAAAAGCCAGAAAAUGACCCAGAAUGGUGGAAAUGUAAAAAUUCCAGAGGUCAAAUCGGUCUUGUUCCUAAAAACUAUGUAGUAAUCAUUAGUGAUGGUCCUUCCGUGAACACUUCCUAUCCGCCUCAGAUAAGCUACACGGGACCAUCUUCUACCGGACGAUUUGCUGGAAGAGAGUGGUAUUACGGGAACGUUACCCGGCACCAAGCAGAAUGUGCCCUGAACGAAAGGGGAGUGGAAGGAGAUUUCCUUGUUAGAGAUAGUGAAUCUUCGCCCAGUGACUUCUCAGUAUCUCUAAAGGCAUCGGGGAAGAACAAACAUUUCAAGGUGCAGCUCGUGGACAAUGUCUAUUGUAUUGGGCAGCGACGAUUUAAUACUAUGGAUGAGUUGGUGGAACACUACAAAAAGGCUCCCAUCUUCACCAGUGAACACGGGGAAAAGCUAUAUCUUGUGAAAGCACUUCAGUGACGUUGAAGAUGGACUUGGCCACCUGGGCCUCUUAUAACUUACAAGCCUUAGGUCCUAAAUUCACUUUUAUAGAGCAGAGCAAUAUCUGAAGCAGGCUUAAGGAAUAGGCUCUUUCUAAAGUGUUUGCUCUGUCAGUUGCUGUUGGUCCUCUUUUUUUUGUUUGCCUCUUUUUUGUGUUCCAGUUCUGUUAACCUCUGACCACCACUCUUCAGGUUGAGAGUUUCCCUUGGGUGGCCGUGGCUAGCACUCACCUUCCCGGCAGAGUUCAAAACGCCCCUCUCCUGUGUACGUUUACAUAGUUAGCUCAGAUCAAGGAGGGGCGUUUUCAAUUCAAAGCAGUGUUAAUCUGUUCAGACUGCUCAUGCAGGCAGAACUCUCCGUUCAGAGACGUCGGGCACAGUUUGAAUGCACUGAAGCUGCAGCUGCUUAAGUGAGAGAGAGUAGACGUAACAGUUGUGGCUGUGAGUUCUGUAGCUAUAUUGCUUACCGAGUAGGAUAAUACAAAACCUCCUAGUUCCUAGAAGCACUCUUUACACUGUACUCUGCUAUUACAUUGCCUCUCUGACUCUUUGUAAAGAGUACACUAAUUAAAAGCAUUUUGUAAUAGUACUUCUUAAACUACUAUGGUAAGAUUGUAGUAAAAGAAAACUAGUGUAUUUUGGUCUGUAAUUGCAACAAAGAGAAAUUUUAUUUGAAAGUUGAUUACUAGAGAAAGAAUAAUUGAAUUGUAAAGGCUGAAUGUUUUGGUAAUCUACAACCAAAUGUGCCAUCCACAUAAUGCUUUUUCCUCUUGCCCUUCUGCUUGUUUGAAUUAAACAAUUAUGUAUUUAAUUCUCAAAAUAGUAUGUAUCUGUAGCUGAUUGUUGACACUAAUACAGAAGAUUAAUAAAAACUGAUCUUGGGACAGGGUGGGAUGGGCUACCAACACUAUAUAUAUAUUUGCUUUACAGAAAGAAAUCUUCGGGUUUUACAGAGGAUGGCGUGGUUGGUAGGAAGAGACACACAGAAUGUUUAUGAAGAAAAUGCAUUUUUCUCUUUUCUUUACAUUUAAACUCCUUUAUGGUUUAAAUAUACAGUCUUUAGAUGGCACAUUCCUGAGAUUGAAGAAGGGAUCAUGAGAUCUCAAAAUCUUGCAUACUCAGUUUUUUGGAUAUUGUAAUAAAAAAGGUAUUACGUCAU